CAAUAAUAUUGGGUUCGAUUGUGCAGAGUGAUGUUGAUAAGAUUUGCUGAAGUAUCAUUUUCUUUAUUAUAUCUAUAUCUUGUUAAAGAUUGAUGUUAGGAAUAAUUUCAAACAAAGUGUUUGAUAAACUACUUUGAAACCUCCAUCCAUUUGCAGUAUUCAGCGUGGAAAAAUAAAUUUUCGAUUGACGCUGUGAUUUGUAUUCUACGAUGCGAUGAUAAUGAUAUUUCAAAGUAACGUGACUGGUUUUAUUUCACAGAUUUCAAAAGACACCUAUUCAUAUUAUUGAUCCUUAUGACAACAAGGUGUUGAAGAGAUCAUGCAAACACAAAACUCCGCUAGUGUGAAUAAUGUAAAUUUAGAAGAGAACUUGCAAGAAGUUAAAAUUAUUAACUUUGGUGAAACAAUACAACAUGAAGAAGUUGUACAAACACAUGAGAAUCUGUCAACAGUUUAUAAGUGUGAUUCGUGUGGAAUCACUUUCUAUUCCAUAACAGAACACAUUAAUCAGUACCAUCGAGAAGAGGAUAUCAUGAUUGAAUUGGAGGAAAUAGACGACAAUAAGAUCAACUUUGGCUUUACUGAAAUUAGCAACGAUGAAGAAUCAUCUGGGGAGUUACCUUGCUUUAUGUGUAAAAUUUGUCAUACAGGGCUGAAAAGCGUCAGAAGUUUAAAGCUUCACAUGAAAAUGCAUGACAAAAAUAAUAUGCUUGGUUUUCAAAUUAAAAUGAAGAACCAUUGCCAUAUCUGUAACAGAUCGUUUAAUAGUGAAGAACACUUACAGAUGCAUAUGCUAGGUCAUGGCGAAGGCUCGCGUGUUCUACUAAUUAACAAGAGUGGUAAAGGAUACCCAUGUAAUUAUUGCGGGCGGAGGUUUAAACGUCCACACGAAAAAGUGAAACAUGAAAGGAUUCAUACUGGAGAACGACCGUAUUGCUGUGAUAUAUGUGGCAAGCGAUUUCGCAUAUCCAACUGCUUGACCAUUCACCUUCGAACGCACGAGGAUACCCGGCCUUUCGUUUGUCCUUACUGUAAGAAGAGAUUUAAAGUUCAAUCAGCGUACAAUCAUCACUUGAAAACACACUCGAGUGAACGGAACUACCGAUGUACAUUCUGUUCGAAAACUUUUAAAACAUCAGUUCAGCUUCACGGUCACAAAAAAACUCACACCAAACCAUUCUCCUGUUCUGAAUGUAAUCGUCCGUUCAGUUCCUUGUAUAUGGUCCGUAAGCACAUGGAAGAACACCAAAGAGCGAAUAAGCUAAGCUACUGUUGUGAAAUAUGUGGGGCGAACUAUGCUCGGGCUUUCGCAUUACGGGACCAUCGGAAAGAACAGCACGGUGCGGAAGAUGCGAGCUUUCGAAACCAUGAUAUAACUAAUCCACCGGCAGAAACAAUUGACGGUUGUGCUGAGAGUAGUAAAAAUGUGAUGACCAUAUAAGUAAAUAAAACAUGGAACUAGUUUAUAAUUGCAA